UUUGCCGAGGACAUAAAAUGAAGAAAAAGAAAGUUGAACAGAUAAUACACAACUGCACAUUGUACAAAAGUUUGAGUACCAUUUUACAAAAGCAAAGAGAUGGGGACCAAAUCGAAGAAUUGAUCCACUCCGCCGUCACCGCCGCUCCGCCUUUUAUUACUCUCCUCAGUUCACGCUCGCCGUCACUCUCCGCCACUCCGCCGCGCUCGGCCUUUUCUUGCUACGCCGAUCGGCCACCCUCUUACUAUUCUUAGACACCUACGAUUCAAUCGGCUCCUCUCCGCUGCCCGCCGAGCCUCCCAUCUCCGACCGACGCGUGCAAUCUCUGACACCCAGGUCUCCUCCUCCGACGCCUUCCCCUGCCCUUGGCGACCGUUUCCGACACAUUGAACAUAUAUGAGGAUGGUGGGAUGCCUUCCAUGAACCAUUAGUGUGAUCUUUGAAUUGGUACUGGCGGACUCAAAACUGAAGCUUCUCUCCCAGCUCGGUCAUGGCUUCUGCCCCUUCGAAGCUGUAUGCAGAUGAUGUCAGUCUCCUGGUGGUGUUGUUAGAUACGAAUCCUUUCUUCUGGAGUAGCUCCCCUCUCCCAUUCUCCAAGUUCAUCUCACACGUGCUCGCUUUCCUGAAUACUACUUUGCGGCUCCAUCAGCUGAAUCAAGUUGUGGUUAUUGCCACUGGGUAUAAUUGCUGUGAUUACAUUUAUGAUUCUUCCUCUGCCACCAAUCAGAGCUCCGGGACCGGGAUGAUGCCUGCAUUUUGCUCCAAUUUACUGGAGAAAUUGGACAAAUUUGUGACCAGAGAUGAGCAGCUAGAGAAAGGAGGGCAGGAAGGUGGAAUAGCAUCUUCCUUGCUGUCUGGGUCACUUUCCAUGGCUCUUUGCUAUAUACAACGAAUUUUCCGUUCGGGUCCUUUGCAUCCACAUCCUCGGAUUUUGUGUUUGCAUGGAUCUCCAGAUGGGCCUGAACAAUAUGUUGCUAUCAUGAAUGCAAUUUUCUCUGCUCAACGUUCUAUGGUGCCAAUAGACUCUUGUUACAUAGGAGCACAAAACUCAGCCUUCCUCCAACAGGCUUCCUAUAUAACUGGUGGCGUGUAUUUGAAGCCACAGAUACUGGAUGGCCUGUUUCAAUAUUUAUCGACGGUUUAUGCCACUGAUCUACAUUCCCGUGGUUCUUUGCAACUCCCAAAGUCUGUUGGUGUAGAUUUCCGUGCAUCGUGUUUUUGUCAUAAAAGGACUAUUGAUAUGGGCUACAUCUGCUCAGUAUGUCUCUCCAUAUUCUGCAUGCAUCAUAAGAAAUGUUCGACGUGCGGGUCUGUUUUUGGCCAAGCCCAAUCAGAUGUAGCCUCCACAUCUAAUAAAAGAAAGACGCCUGACACAUAAAGAAAAACCAGGGACAAUUCAAUUAAUGAAGUUUUUCGUAAAUCGGUCCUUCUGGCCUUCGGUUUGGGAAAGAGCAAACACAAACUUGAGAAGGCUUCAAGAUGAUUCAUGACUCGGGAUCGAUCACGUACCCUUAUGGUCUAGGGAUAAGUCAGAUGACUCAUCUGGAGGAAUUGGAGGUUAUAAGGUUUGUUGCUCGUCAGAACUUUGAGAUGCUGUAAGCCUGUCAGAAUUUUGAGAUGCUGUGGUUUCCAAUAACGAUACUAGAGAAAAUUCAGCAUGAAAUUGAAGAAGCAAAUUGAGUUUUAA